AUGCUGUUUGGAAAAAGUGAGAACAAAAAAUCAGCCCUGGAAAAGCUGCUCGCUGGAAAGAAAGAGUCUAAAGGUUUUGGAGGAAAGCAAUCUGGUGCUGCCUCUGGAGAGAGGAACAGGAAACCUCCCACAGUUGUAAAAACUCCUGACAUCUUCAGUCUGCCUGUGGAAGCGCUGUUUAAAGUGAUGAAGAGCUGUGUGAGUCUCUGUCCUCCUGGACCAAACGUUCUGCUGCUGUUAGUGAAACCUUCUGAUUUCACUGAGAAGAACAGACAAACUCUGAAUUUGGUCCUGAGCUUGUUUGGUCAAGAUGCUUUUAAUCACUCCAUCGUCAUCCUAACACAUAAUGAGGAAGGGAAUAACUCAGUGGAUAAACUCAUUGAAGAAUCCAAACAAAGGCAGCACUUCGUUAAUUUUGACAGAAAAGACUCCUUCUCAGAUUCCUCAGAGUUGAUGGAAGAAAUGAAUGAGAUAGUGAGUAAAAACUGGGGAAAAUAUCUAAUGUUAAAAGAAGAGGCUAAACCCAAUCUGAAGUCCAGUCUGAACCUGGUUCUGUGUGGGAGGAGAGGAGCAGGGAAGACGUCAGCAGCCAAGGCCAUUUUAGGUCAGACUGAGCUUCAUUCAGUCUCCAACUCAUCAGAGUGUGUUAAACAUCAGGGAGAGGUGUGUGGACGUUGGGUUUCCCUGGUGGAGCUGCCUGCCUUGUAUGGAAAACCUCAGGAGGCAGUGAUGGAGGAAUCAUUCAAGUGUGUCUCCCUCUGUGAUCCUGAGGGUGUCCAUGCCUUCAUCCUGGUCCUACCUGUGGCUCCCCUCACUGAUGAAGACAAGGGAGAGUUAGAGACCAUCCAGGAUGCAUUCGGCUCUCGAGUCAAUGACUUCACCAUGAUUCUGUUCACUGUCAAGUCAGAUCCAACAGAUCCAGCUGUUCUUAGCUUUCUAAAGGAAGACAAGGACAUCCAGGAGCUCCGUGAGAGCUGUGGAGGAAGAUCGGUUGUUCUCAGCAUCAAGAAAAAACAGCAGAUCCCAGAGUUGUUUGAGAUUGUGGACAAAAUUAGUCAGCCUACAGGACAACUAUGCUGUUAUACAACUACAACAUUUUUACACGCACAAAUGGAGAGAGUCUUAAAACUUGUCACUGGUGGUGAAGUUGGAGAACAGGACUCAGACUCUCUCAGGAUUGUGCUGAUUGGGAAGACCGGCUGUGGAAAGAGCUCUACAGGAAACACCAUUUUAGGAAGAGAUGAGUUUAAAGCUGAAUCAAGUCAAAUAUCAGUUACACAACAAUGUCACAAAGUACACGGUGAGGUGGACGGUCAUCCUGUUCUUGUGGUCGACACUCCUGGUCUGUUUGACACAAGUUUGUCCAAUGAGGAAGUUCUAGAAGAGCUGGUGAAAUGUGUCAGUCUCCUGGCUCCAGGACCACAUGUCUUCCUGUUGGUGAUUCAUAUUGGCAGAUUCACAGCAGAGGAGAAGGAGACUCUGAAACUCAUCAAGCAAUUCUUUGGGAAGAAUUCUGAAAAGUUCACCAUCGUUCUUUUAACCAGAGGAGAUGAACUGGAGCAUAGCAGAUUGUCCAUAGAGGACUACAUCAAAAACAACUGUGAUCCUUCCUUUAAGAAGCUGAUCUCUGACUGUGGAGGAAGAUAUCAUGUGUUCAAUAAUAAUGACAAACAAAAUAAAAAACAAGUCAGCGAGCUGAUAGCAAAGAUUGACACCAUGAUGAAGAACAAUGGAAGGCGCUGCUUUACCAACAAGAUGCUGCAAGAGGCUGAAACUGCGAUAAGGAAGGAGAUGCAGAAGAUUUUAAAGGAGAAGGAAGAAGAGAUGCAGAAAGAAAAGGAAGAAAUUGAAAGAAGAUAUAAAAAAGAAAUGGAGGAUAUGAAGAAAAGAAUCGAUGAAGAGAGAGAAAAGGAGAGAAUACAGAGAGAAAAAGAACUCGAAAAAAUGAGAAAUAAAAUUAGAGAAGAAGAAGAGAAGAGAAAGCAGGAACAGGAAAUCAGGGAAAAGGAGAAAAGGGAAAAGGAAGCUGAAGAAGAAAGACGUCGACAAGAAUUUGAAACAGAACUUGAAAAGCUGGACAAACAAAUUCAGUCAGAAAAAGAGGCAAAAGAAAAUGUCGACAGAAAACUGGAAGAAGCCAGAGAAGAGAUGAGAAGAAAACAAGAGGAGUGGGAGAAAGAACAGAAAGAAUGGUGGGACAAACAACGACAAGAAGAAGACAAAAGACGAGAGGAAGAGAAAGAAAAAAUGAAAAAGCUACAGGACGAUUAUAACGAAAAGCUGGAAUGUGAAAAAAUCAAUAAAGAAGAGGAUCAAAGAAGAAGAGAACAGGAAAUAAAAGGAUUGGAGGAAAAUCAUAAGAAAACUCUGGAAGAUCUAAAGAAGAAACAUGAAGAGGAAGCCAGAAAGAAAGCUGAAGAGUUCAACCAAGCCCAGAAGAAACACAUGGACGAAUUAGCAAAACAGAGGGAAGAACAUAAGAAGGAAAUGUAUGACUUAGUGAGACGUGUGACCAAAAAGACUGAAAAUUUGAAAAAGAUCAAGGAUUUAAUGCAAAAACAUGAAAAACAAAUCAAUCGGACUAAUGAGGAGGACAUGGAAGACCUCCAGGAAAAACAAAAAGAUCAACUAAAUGAGUUAAUGAAAAACAUUUUGGGAGAAGAGCUCAGCAGCUCAUCAGCCUGCAACAUUUUAUGA